UGUCUCGUAAAAUAAAAAAUAAGUACUUAAAAAAUAAGAAUCUCAGUGGAACGGGGCCUAAAUAAUCUUGAGUUUCUUCACUUAGCAUUCUCUUAUAUUUCUAGUUCUCUUCAUGUUUUUUUCACUUCAUUCAUACCAAACUCAUGGAUAAGUUGUCACCACUUUUUCUCUGCUUAUUGCCCUUUAUGGUAUUACUUGUAGAAAUUGAAGCAAUGAGAGGAACCUAUAAGCCUCAAGGUAGCCAUGUCAAGCUCUUUGUGUUUGGAGACUCAUAUGUAGAUACCGGGAAUACCCCAAAGCCCUUCUCUAAGGCAUGGAAACCCCCAUAUGGGAUAACUUAUCCCGGUAAACCAGCCGGCCGCUUCUCUGAUGGCCGUGUCCUCACUGAUUAUAUAGCUCAAUUUCUCAGUAUACCAUCUCCGGUGCCUUAUCGGCAAAGGAAAUUCGGGAAGAAGCUAAUCCGUUACGGUAUGAAUUUCGCUUAUGGAGGGGCUGGUGUUUUCGACACAUCAGUCCGGCAACAUAACUUGACGACGCAAAUCAGUAAUCUGGAGCAAUUGAUUGCGCAAAAAGUGUACUUGAAAAAUGAUAUGGAAUUCUCCAUUGCUUUGGUAUCAUUGGCAGGAAGUGACUAUGCCACUUAUCUGAACAACAAGGGAAGCAUAUGGGGUUUCCCGGGCUUCACGGUAAAGCUCAUAAACCAGUUGGUCUGGGACGUGAAGCGGAUUCACGAGUUAGGAGUGAGGAGAAUAGGCGUGGUAUCAAUCGAGCCCAUGGGCUGCUUGCCUGCGUUCACCGGGCCGGCGUCGUUUCAGUACUGCGACGAGAACGUGAACAUCGCGGCCCAAUCUCACAACCUGUUAUUGUUGCAAGCUCUGAACCAGUUGAGGAUCGGGAAUGGGGCCCGCCAGGGUUCUGAUAUUGACAUUGUGGUCCUCGAUCUUUACACUGCUUUCAUGUUUGCCCUGGAGACAACAGGACAGUCAUUGAGACCCUGUUGUGUGGGGAUGGGAAACCAAGACUCAUGUGGGAGCCAAGGUUAUAAAGGAGAGAAGAGGUACACAGUAUGCAAGGAUCCUGCUAAUUCAUCCUUCUUCUGGGACAUGGUGCAUCUCUCGCAACAUGGUUGGGCUGCUAUUUACUCGUUCCUCCAAUCUUCUUCUCUUCACCAACUCCGCUAUUAAGGACAGUUAAUUGGUUCAUUCCAUAAAAGA